AUGCUUUUCUUAACUCUCUGGUUGUUCCUCUCAGAAACUGUCUCUGCACUUCCACUUCAAUGUGGUGCCAACAACAGCCUGAGCUCUCUUGUCUCUUUCGAAACUGAAUGUGUGGUAAGCUCAGAACUAAUAACCUACUCAAAUGAUGCUUCCGAAGACGGAGAUCUGGACGGUCCACUCCCUCACUUCGGAAUUAAUGAAACAACUACCAAAGAUUCAUCUUACCGUGUUCACAAAUUUGACGAUGGUUCCACUGUUAGCACUAGAAGGUUCGCAUCUGAAAAUGACUUGUUCAAGUCUGAAUUCUGGAAGAAACUCCAGAAAGGAAAGGAUCCGGCAACCGCAAUGACUACAGCCAUUUACAUAGAGGAUACUGGCGCUACACUCUACUUUGGACCUUCUGAAUACAGAGACGACUUGGAAAAGAGAAACCCCUGGCGAAAGCCCAAGUCCAGGGAAGUUGAAAUGUUGGAAGUUCAAUUUGGGGACAAGAAGAAAGCCCACGUAACUGAUAUUCCCGUUAGCUGGUGCGUUUCUUCCAAACUUUCUUCUAGUGGAGCUUCUUAUACUCAAAGCUAUAAGUGGACUAAGGCUAUUACCGUCAGUAUAGACAUUCACACAUCUGUAAAUGUAUACACUGCCGGAGCUGGUGUCAGUGCUGGUAAUGAUGAUUUGUCGAUUAGUCUUUCCAACACAGGAAGUAUCACUUGUAACGCAGCUCCAGGAAAGAAGGUUCAAGUAUUUGGAUCUUUUGCUUAUGCCUUCUUUCCGUUUGCAAAGAAAAGAAGUGUGAUCUUUUCCAAAAGUAGAGUAUCCAAUGGCCCCUGGGCUAAAGUGGUUCAUGGAAAUCCUCGUUUGAAAUCCUUUGGGGCUAUCUUCUUCGAUUUAUCCAGUGGUCCCCCUAACUAUUUUUGUGUUGAUGACCCUAAUAAGUUGAGUUGUGAUGAAGGUAGUAUUGUGAACAACAAGUUUUCUGAUCCUGCUGAAGGACUACUACACGUUGAUUAA